AUGAGUGGCCCGGGAGAAAAUCGCUGGCGGCGGCAGGGUCAAGCCAACCGCAACUCCAACUCGGGCGCAAACACCCCCACCAAGGACAAUGCAGGCCGGCAGCAGGCCAUGCCAGCGCCCACGGGGAACGUAUGGGGAGCCAAGCAGGGGAAAGGACCAGGCCCUGCGGCUGCACCAGCUCAAGCGCAGCCCGACCAGCACGUACCUGUGAAGGAGUUCAAUGCGAACGAGGUCAGGGACUUCCUCAAGAAGAACCAACCCUCGGUAUACCACAAGGUCCCCGGCGACUCUGUUUCGACCCGAAGCACCGGCGCAUGGGGCAAAGGAGGCACCAUGACACACCUCAUGCCGACCGGCCAGGACUUCUUCACACAGCUGAAGAAGCAGAUCGCCAGUCUCGAGCAGACCAAACCCGCGCAAUAA